AUGCUGGUUGAUUCCACGAUGGUUAAAGAAAAUCGAAACAUUAAAAUAGUUAAUAACAUUUUUAAUGAAACAAUUUGUUUCUUGUCAAAUCGAAAUAAAUCAUUCAAGAUGACGUUGAUUAAGAUAUUCGUGAUUAUUUCCAUUAAUUUUUUAAUGAUAUCGGGAAAAGCUCUGGAUUAUUGCGACAAUGCUUUAAGCUGUAAUGGUGUUGUAAAUUCUGGUUGUGAUUGCGAAUUUGGGGGAGCUUGUAAUAAUCCAAAAAAUAUUGAACCAUCUGACGAUGUACGAAACUUUAUUGUUGAGAUUCAUAAUAAAUACAGGGAAAAAGUGGCUUCUGGUAGUGAAAGUCGUGGUGGGUUAACAACCGGUGCAUCUGAUAUGUACGCACUUGAAUACGAUAAAGAUUUAGAAUACACAUCAACUUGUUGGAAUAAAAAAUGUACGUUCUCUCACGAUAAGUGUCGAAGCACCCCAGAUUUUCAACCCGCGGGUCAAAAUUUAUAUUUUGCUUCGGGAAAAGCAACGUGCGAUUGGAAAGAAAAUUUUAAAGAGGCUAUCUAUUUAUGGUACGAAGAAGUAAACGAAAUGACCAACGAUUGUGUUCGAGGUUAUGCAACCGGAUGUGUUGCAGCUAAAGUCGGCGAUUUCGCCCAAUUGGUUUGGGCGAAAACAACGCACGUUGGUUGUUCUUUGGUGUCGUACUCUAACAAUACGUGUCAGUUAAUUUGCAAUUAUGGUCCGGCUGGAAAUUAUCAAACGGAAAAGGUUUUUGUGCAGGGCGAACCAGCGUCGGAAUGCGAAUAUAGAAGUGCUAAUUUCAAACAUUUGUGUGCUAAAAAUUUAAAUCAAGCCAUUGCUAAAAAAUCGGUAGGGUUCAUGGUACAUGGUGAAAGUCGAAGUGGUAAUAGUUUCCAAGAAACAAAUGAUGCCAAUAAGCAAUUAGAGUUUCAUAAAUAUUUUCUAUUAAUAGUUACUGCGUUAAUUUUCUUUUAAAUUCUUCGUUUUAUAUUGUCUAAUUUAUUAUAAUUUUUGUAUGAAUACAACAUAAAUUUCAAUAAAGAAUUAUUCUAAAGUAAAUAGUGCAGAACAGAAACGAAUUAAUUUUUUAUUGAAGAUCUAAGUUUACACUUUUUAUUUUGAUAAAAUGAGAGCGCAAUCUAACACUACGGUUUCGGUUCAUCAGAUCACCAAGAAAUCAAAGCUGCAAUCUUACAAAGGG